UAUAUAUGUAAGAUCCACCCAUCUCUAACUGUUAAAAACAGCAACAACUACGUAAGCAAAUACAAAAAAGAGAUUAGUGAAACUAUUGAUGGGCAGCGUGCAUGGAAGAUAUGAAAACAAAGGGUCACCCCAGCGACAUUCAUGUUAUGAAUUAAGGAAAACAGAUGUAACAGUCGCAUCAUCAUUGAAUGAACUGCACUUAGCACAGCCAUCAACAGCAUCGCAACAAGCGCUACAACCUGGCUGCGGCGGUUGCAGCAGAAAACUGUUCCGAAAGGCCACCGCAGCCCACCCAACAUCAAGAGCGUUUAGUAGCUGUACAAUCAGUGAUGCAUUAAUAUCAAAACAUACGCGACAGGCUUCAUACCGGUACAUGACACGAUGGCAUCGUCCUACAACAAAUUCGAUAUUUAGUUCCCAUUUUAAGGAUUCCAACCGCAACGAACAGUUUGAUGUUCAUCAUCUUGUAGCCAAAGGCGCCUUUGGAGUAGUGUUUAAAGUCUGCGAAAGGUUAAAGUCCGGCGAUAUAAACAACGUUAGUUACGCUUUGAAGGUGAUCAAAAAAUCAAAGAUUAUUGCGGAGAACAGCUUACAGCAAAUUAAAGACGAGGUGGACAUUCAAAAGCUUUGUAGUCAUCAUCCCUUCAUAGUUAAACAAAUCGAUACUUGGCAGAAUCGUCGCAAUCUUCAUAUUUUAUCCGAAUACGUGCCCAAUGGUGAACUGCUUUCAAAAAUAGUUCACUUCUCUCUUGAUUUACUACGGUUCUAUGUUGCUGAAAUUGCGAUUGCUAUCGAUUUUCUGCAUAAAGCUGGCAUCAUUUAUAGGGACGCCAAGCCGGAGAACAUUCUUCUAACUCAACAGCUGCACAUAAAGCUGACUGAUUUCGGGCUUAGCAAGUGGCUAAAGCUAGGGGCCAAUACACGUACCAUUUGUGGUACAUUAAAAUAUAUGGCGCCUGAGAUUAUAAACCACAAGCCUUACAACCAUGCAGUGGAUUGGUGGGCCUUGGGCGUCAUCGUCUGCCAAAUGUUAACACACAAGAGCCCCAACAUAAUUCAAAAUGUACAGCUCCAGCAUCAGGAAAACAGCAACCUUGGAGAAGACCUACGAAAUGCUCCGUCCGCGUUUCAGAUAAAUGGGUAUCUAGUGGAUAAGGACAGCACAUAUUUUAUGCCGAAAAAGUUUGAACUCCUAAGUUACGAAGAGCAGGACUUAAUACGCCGACUUCUGGUUCUGGAGCCGCAACAGCGAAUACGCAGUGUAAUGUCUUUGCAGCGUAUUGCACUGUAUAAAGACUACAAAAUAGAAACUAAACGGCUUAUGAACAUAUCUCCGCUUGACAUCAUUACCAGGGAUAAAAUUCGGGUACACGAGGAUAAUUCUUAUGAGCUUUUUUCUAUCGAGCUGGCCGAUAAAGCAUUCCAAGAUUUCUAGUAUUAAUUUUAUUCUGACGUUGAUAAGUUUAAACCAAUAGUGUCCAAAGAAGGCUAAAUUUUACAGUUUUCUAUUACACGUGCUUUGAAAAUAGCACUGUGUUACAAAAUAAAAUCAAAACAAGACUUCUGGGAUGGGACAUAGCGUAUGUUGUAGGUAUAGGUAAACAAAAUUUUUUGGCAUACUAGAAUUUUUUGGAUCACAUCGAAA